GGUUUUUCGACGGAUGGUCGCCCUCAAAGGAAGAAUUGCAUUGACAGCUUCCCGAGAAGGAGGGAGAGAAACCUCCAUCGACGAUGGUGACUCAUCGAACACCCACUCAUCAGAUCCCCCAUCCUUGGAAGCUUUCGCCACGUCAGGCGAAAGCACACAAAGCCUUGAUGAGAUAUUGGACGAGACCCAACUCGUCGGCCUCCUCAUUCAACCAUGGCGGACUAUCAAGCGCCAAAUAGCAUCGAUCGUAGCUCGAUCACCUCAUUUCUCAUCCUCGCCGUCAAGUAGCCAAUUUGGGCUAGCCGGCACACAAUCGCUUGUCAAAUCCGGUACUUUUCGCUCUGCUUCCCCAUCCUCCAAUCCCACCCCUGUCCUACCUACAACAAUACCUCAUGGUUUCCAGCCAGCACGAGUCCUCCCACACCAUCGCCCUACGGUCAAAUCUGCCAUCUACAUCUCAUCUCCCCACAACGACCGCAUCGCCAGUUUGGAUAGUCAUAAUGUAAAUAUCUGGCGGGGUAGCACGAGGAUUGCUCAGAUUGCAAAUGGCGGGGAAAAGGGGACGGCCAAAACAUCUGUGGCAGGACUGAGUAGGUGGCUGUACGUGGCCAAGUGGAAGGUGGUGGUGAUUGCCACCUUGCAUUUGGAGUUAAAGAUUUUGGAUACGAAUUUUGAAGAGCUUGCUGCUGUUUCGAGCGUGAAGCCUGUCCUAAGCCUUGAAUUCUGCGACGAUACAGACGAGCUUAUUGCAGGCGGCGUCGGUAAUAUAAGGAUUUGGAAGUUUAAGCGAAUCGCGGAUGGCAGCCGUCUGGCCUACGGCUUCGACACUCCUCGCCUCGCUAUUGAAGAUCUCGGUGUUGAGGAUUGGGUCUCACACACAAUAUAUCAAAAACCCUCGAACAGAAUUUAUGCCGCACUGGGGAACAGGAUCCAUAUAUACGACUAUGAAUCUGGCGAAAGAUUGGAUGUGCUCCGGGAUAUGCAUGAACUGUCGAUCACCGCCAUGGCUCUUUAUGAACCUCUCGGAACUCUGAUCACGGCUUCGCGAGAUUCUACUAUUAAAGUAUGGAAUAGACAAAACAAUCUUAUUCAUGAACUCCACGAUCAUUCACACGCUGUGACGGGGUUAGCCAUCAUUCCCCCGCCUCCUGCAAGAAAUGGACGGAGUUUAGAAGCUUUGGCGGCUACACCUUUUUUCUUGUCGUGCUCCUUAGAUGGAACGAUCAGGAUGUGGAAUGCUGACGUUGGUGUUUGCACCUACUGCUUGCAAACCCCAUCUGAAUGUCUGGGAAUUCAGUGGAUCAAGCAGGAUAAGGAGACUUUUCUUCACUAUGCCAAGGAUCGGAUAUGCCUAUGGAAUCUGAACCGCUUUUAUACGACGUUUGCAUACAUCCGAUCUCAGGCAACGCAACUUCACCGCAGCGAGCAUCCUUCCCUCCCGGCUCGUAUCCUAUCCAUCGCAGAAGACGGUUCCUUGCGACUCUUGUCACCCGUCACUGGCGCAGUCUUGGCAAUGGGGUUCCCGGUGAUGAGCGAUAUAGCAACUUUGGAUGCAGUGUAUGAUGUCACACAAAAUCGUGCCUGGCUGUUAUCCGAAAACGGCACCAUUGCCGUGUACGGUACCAAUACGAACCCCUGUGCGAUUAUUGGGGAAUGGAAGGUCGCCUCUUACAAGCCAGUGGUAGCCAACAAGACACGAAUAAUGUGCAUGGCGGCCCUUUCACCUUGGCCUCCUGUCCCAUACUACUCAGGAGCUGCUCUACCUCCCACUGUCUACGCACUGCUAGGUGGGACGGAUACCGGACAGAUUGUGGUGGUUGAUAUACGACAGGAAGGUAAACAGAGUAUUGUAGCGCAGGCACAUGCAGCAGAAAUCACUGCAAUCUUGUAUGACGUGGAAAAAAGAAAGCUCUUCACCAGCGGAAAAGACAGCAUCAUCAGAAUCUGGUCAAUCAGCGUUCCUGCCGAUACCCCGCUCUCAAUCCUUACAAAUUCAACCCCGGAAUCGCUUACAGAAUAUUUUUCAGACAGCCCACUCGUGGUAACGCUGAAUUCAAUCGCAGCCAUUUCCAUUCCUAGCGGUCCCGUGAAGCAAAUGGCUUGGAAUUCGCGAAAGGAGGUAAUGGCAUGUGCUGUGGGUGGACGGAUAUUUUGUCUUGAAUGUGAUGGAAAGCAAAUAGGCAUAAAGAAGCCGCAUCCAAUCGAUGAUGAUCACACUAACGACGUCACGAAAAUUGCCUCGUGUGAGGCCAUCAGAAUCUUUGCGUCGGCAAGCACGGAUGGGGUCGUUAAAAUUUGGGAUGCAGUUGACAAUGCCCUCAUACGUGAGCUUCAAUUUGCCGAACCUAUCACCACUCUUACAUUUGCAAAUCAACGGGGGGAUCUUCUCAUUUCUCUCCCCGAGCAAAUUGUCGUUGUUCGGGUACAAGAUUAUCUACCAGUACCUUACCUUUGCGUUCUGCUUGACCACGGAAACUGGCCGGAUGAUCCCGUGGAAGAUCCAACGAUGUUUGAUUCCAGUCUAGAUUUCUGGGAAUUGUAUCGAGCGAAUGGAGGAGAUGGGGCUGUGAGAUGGCAUGUUGAUGAGAAUUUGAAAAAUGACGGACCAGAUCCAACAAGUCUUGCCCUAGAGGAAUUGGAAAAGAGGAGGGAAGAGAAGAGGAUCGAGGAGAAACCCGCCGUUACCGUGACCCGCUCAUACAGCAGAUCUAGUCACUCCUACGAAUUGAUAACCCUCAACGACCCAUCGGGUCAUCGAGAUUUCAGCCCCGUAAGCUUCUUCCCCCCCUCAACACUUCCCAUGGAUACCUUAACGGAAGAAGAUGUCGAUUUGUCUACCGAAAUCGUGGCUUUUCCCCAAGCCAUCACCGCACAUCGCCUAUCCGUGUCCGCUCCCACAUCAUCGAGCCUCCAAUCCAUUGAGUGUAUAGCUGGAAAAUUCCGGUAUAAAAGACGUUUAUCAAUGCGGAGGGGCAGCUUGGGUGGGCGAAGAGUUAGCACGGCAGAUUUUCCAGGACGGGGAAAGGGACUUUGGGACGACGAGGAUGAGGAAGGAGAAAUGGAGGUAGACGGAGGGGAACAAAGCUUGCACCAGCCAGGAGAACUUGUUCAAGAGGUUGAAGGAGGUGGUAUGCUCACGAGGCCAAAAGCAAUCAAACAUGACGAACCACGACGUUCAGUUGUAAAGUCUGAUGAACCACGACGUUCAGUCGUUAGGCCAGAUGAGCCACGGCGUUUUUCAGUGGCCCGCUCAGAUGAGCAGCGACGUGUUUCCGUGGUUGGGGGUGAAGAUGGAGUCAAGCGAACAGGGGGAGCUAUAUGGGAAGCUGGACUGGAGCCGCCUUCACAGCUCGGUCCAAAUUAUCCUGAUGGCAAGGGACCAGGACUAGGUCGUCGAAAAGGAAGAGUAUUAGAACUUCGUACAGGAGAGCGGGUAACGCCCUCUCCUCGCACUCGGCAUUCCCCGAGAGCAUUAUCCCGCAAGGGGCGCAAGUCCACCUUAGCACCACCCCCACGCCAACAGACGCCUGAAGCUCCAUCUCGACAAAUCAAUAUCCGGAACCGCAUGGAGCGCCUAGGCGUUCUCCCGAACUCCGUCAUGGCAGGACAAACAAAACCAGCUCUUGAACAAAAGCGACUUGUGCAGGAGCAAGAGCGCCGAGAAAAGGACAAGGAGAUGGUGUCCAAGGCUAGAGCCAUUAUAGAACGACGUCGGGCGCAGCUUGCAGCUGAGAGAGCUGCGAGGGGAUCGGUUGAUGACACCACAAUGCCAGUGGAGAUCGAGCCAGAUCCAACGGCCAAAUCUGUUCAUGCCGGGCGCACCAGAGUUGAAGAGAGUGAAUCCCCGGAGGCAGCGCGAAUUCGGCAAGAGGCACUGGAAGCAGCUGCAGCCUGGAGGAUAAGGGCCCUACACACUGAAGAGGCAGCUAAAGCAGAAGCUCUUGGUCGAGCCAAAACAGCAGCGGCAGAGGCAGCACGGAAAAGCGCCAUAGAAGCCGCGGAAGCUGCAAACCAAGCAAAGAUGGAGGCAGCUGUAGAGCAAGCUGCUGCGCAGCGAGCGCAGGAGCUCUUUGAACGAGCCCUUGCCGCUGCAACCCCCAAAAAGAUUCUCAGAUCGGGGAGCGUUGCCAUAGGCCAGAUCAUACAGAUAACUCCUGGUAAAGUAGGAGUGACCGAAACCAAUUUCGGGGCUUCGAAACCGAUUCCGAUUCACAUCAUUGGAGGGAAGCCCAGUCAAAAGCGGGGCAAUGCUCAAAAGCUUCCUGAAGUACAAGAUAGUCCAAAAUCUGUCACCAGAAAGAAGAAACAGCCUCUGCAAAAUGUGCUAACUCAAACGCCCAAAUCCGGUUUGGCGUCUGAGAAUAAAAGACGGUCGCCAGUUCCACAUCAGCAGCCUGCCCCGGCCGAGAAGCACCGCGAACGGCACGGAAGAACGCCAAAGAAACCGAACGAGGUUUGGGAAGAGUCAGAGAUUGUGCCAGAGCUUCAAGCCAUUAUGGACAAGUUUUGGUUUCCUGGUCUUGGCGAUAAAGAUGUUACGCUUCAGAACAUUCUGGGAGCUCUCUUCAAAGUUCUCAAAACAGGAUAUUGGUCCGAAAAAUGCGAAGCUUCUGAUUCCCUACUCUAUCUCUACCAAACAUUUCAAGACGACUUUCGCAACCCUGUGCAAGACUUCAUCCUACCCCAACUAGAGAGUUUCAAUGACCGCGACUGGCAGCUCCGAUCUCGUAUGUGCUCAAACUUGGUCAAAUACGGCGUAUAUAAUCCGUAUUUGAUUCAGGCUUUGAUCGCGAGAUUGGUGGAUCCGAUUGAGGACGUUCGGUAAGCU